AUGACUGCCAUGCCUCGGCACUCGGAUACCCCACGUCGCACUCGUUCUGCUUCUUGCAGGUUGAGGCGCUCUUCGUCUAAUCAUACCACGUCCGAGUGCUGCUUUUGUCCGGACCCUGAGUUGUUCGACGGUGAGGAGAUCAAAAGCGAGCUUAUUGGACCUUUUGUCAACCGCAAGGGACAGGCUAAACUUUUCGUCCACUUCGACUGCGCGUGCUGGGCUCCCCAGGUUUUCGCAGAUGCGCAGUCUGGCCAAUUACGGGGUGUCUACGACGAGUAUUGUCGGGGGCGCAAACUGAAAUGUUCAGACUGCGGCGGUCGCGGGGCUACAAUCGGAUGUUAUGUUCAACGAUGCAAGCAUGUGUUUCAUUUCCGCUGCCUUCCGCGAUCUGGAGCGCGUCGUGUCGAGCGUUUCUUCGUAGCUUUUUGUGCCAACCAUGCGCACCUUGGCGAGAAACAGUCGUACAAGAUUUUGAUGGAGGCCGCCACUAUUGCCGACGUCGCGGAGGCGCAUCGCCGUCAGGACACCACAUUUGGACUAGAUGCGCCCCACUCACGUUACACACAACUGAGACGUCGCGAAACUGAACUCAUUUUCUCUCGAAAGUUUGGGAUUUGUUCCCAUGCAGGAGCUUUCGAAACAAACAAAGUGAUAUUUUCGCAUAAGCGAAGGAAAAUCCUGGGAAAGACGGACCGCCUACUGCUCACGGAGCAACCCAGAGCACUGCUCACGUCAGCGUUUGACGUCGCUUCAGGCCGCCUUGCCUAUAUGUCUGUUGCUGGCAACGACAAGGUUGACAACAUGACUGCUGUGGAAGCAAGGGCUGCGCUCGCAUCCCGAGAGAAGAGCACCUUAUUCCUGUUAAGGAAUCUCCGCCGAGCGCCGACUUGGAGCAAGCAUAACAUGACGGUGGUGAAGAAGUCUGGUUCAGAUGCUGCCCCGCCUGCAGAACCUGCUUCCGCAAUACAGCAUGAACCAAGGUCUCCGGCCCUUUCAAAACUUGGAAGGCAGGGCGAGGAAUCUCCAGCUGGUGAAGGUGAUAGUAUUCAUGAGUGCAACGACCACGUACAGUUACCAUGUCAUCUUGAUGAGGGUGAUAAGACUGGAACGGACCCAUCUGGUGAAAGACGUUCUAAACGCCGGAGGAUCAGCACUGGUGCACGUUUAGAGAACGACGAUCAGGAAGUGAAGGCUGACGUCUCUGACGGACAAUUGCAGUCCGCACCUCUACCAGCUUUCAAGAAAACUCUGCGGACCGCUGAAGCAGAAUCGUUAUUAGCGCCUGUUGAGCAUACAACCCCUGUAAGCGGAGGCGGCGAACAGGUAUCCGCAGACAUGGAGCUAUUGAAGGACUCGCCCACGAGCAAGGCAUCACCUGAUAGAGCUGCAGCGAAAAAGUCAAACGGAAGCCCCUCGCGUGACAAAAAGCGGAAACUGGGGGGUUUACCACCAAAUCUCGUGGCUAGUAGCCGCCAAGGACUAGCUGGUAAAGUGAAAUCGGCCUGGGAGACUUUCCUAGAAGAGCAACUGCCAAAGGAACGUAUACUAAGGCCUGAUGACUCGGAAGUCGAGGCGAUGAGGAACAUGGCGAGAUUGUGGAGCCUGCUGAGUGUUGAGGCGAGAGAGUCGUACGAGGAACGAGCUAGACAGGCUGGUCUGUCGGGCUGUGAUGCAGUCAAUGGCAUGAACACAGCUGACAAGGCCUCACUAAGACCCUUAAAACGUCCAAAACUUUCAAAUCGAUUGCCGAAGCGCCUCCCGGACCAAGCGGUAGGGCCGCGCGCAGAUGACCCGGGCUUGUUUGUGAGCAGCGAUCGAGCCCCCAGUAGCUCAACGAAUAUUGAAGUGUGUGAAACGGCAGUGAAGAAAGGAGUUGGGAAACGACAGCUGUCUGUAUCUCUACCGCGGAGAUCAUGGACUAGCAGAGUGAGCCUGCCUGGAAUGGAGCUGCUGGCUGUCGAGUGGGAUGACGUAUUACCGACCAGCCUUGGUCCCGAUGCCGCGAAUACUGACACUGAUACAGAGAAGGUGCGAAGACCCCCGCCUCGAAAUAAGAAAAUGUAA